CCUCACAGCUGUGCCGCUUCACCACCCCCGUCCCCCACCUCGCCGUCUACUCCGGCCUCAGCGACGUCCCCCCUGGCAACGCCUCGCCCUCUCUCCCCUUCCUGCUCCACACCCCGGCUUGCCCGUCCCCCAUCAGCGUUGCCUUGGAGAGCUCCCCGGCCUCCGAGCGGCGAGUGGAGGCCAGCGGCGGAGAAGGCGAGGGGGACGCCGCGACUCCAGAACCGGUCGGCGGGAAUGUGUCCAGGUCUCGCAUGGCUCUGUCUCUGCGUCGUCUGCUGAGGCGCGGCUGCACCCUCGCCUCCAUGUUCGCCAGCUUGUCGCCCAAAUGCCACUCGGCUGCCGGGACAAGCGGCCGCAUUCAGCCCAUCGGCCCGGAUCGACCCAGUCAGGCUCCGCUCAGACGGAUUGGCAAUUUCUUCCAGAUUAAAGUGGAUAUUCCUCCAGAGUGCCGAAUCUACCCCAUAGAGUCCGAGGACGAGGACGAGGACAGCAGGGCGGCCUCUCGUGGAGGAGUGGGAGCCAAAGAGAUCAUCUGUCCCUGGGAGAGUCUCACUCCUCACAACGGGACGGGCUAGUUGGCUGCAUUUACAAUCUGCCUGUCUGAGCGGGCAGACUGUUCCCAUGUUUCGGACAGAGAUAGAUUAACGGGGUAAAAUCCCUGAUAACUCUGGCUUACAUUUUCACCACAAAGGCCAGAACCAACAAACACAAGACGGUCAAUCUGUUGACUGUUUAGACUGAGCAUCGAUUUACUGCGUCCAGGUUUUAACUUCUUCACGGUGUGUUUAAAGCGUCUAACAACACACAUGUGUUGACCUGAAAGUCCUCACUUACAUGCCUGCUGCAGCAUCCUCCUCCUCCCCACUCUCCACAUUCAGUAACUUUCUAAACAAAUCACAGUUUUUCUCAAAUAUGGCUAAACACACAGUGUUUUCACAGCUGUUUAAGACUUAAUUCCAGGUGCGAGACCCUCCCCCUUGAGAAAUGUUUGACGACAGCCACCAAAGAAGGUUUUGUUGACUUCUCCAUUCAACCAUAUUCUUUGCACAUGUGGAACAAAACUUCCAAGAGGCGGUCUUGCGUCUGAUACUCAAAGCAUGUGUUUUUCGGCGCAGCAUUCCUCUCACUGCAGCCUUGUUGACGCGAGCCCUUCCUGAUGUGAGCGCCAGCUGAGCCAGCUGUUGAGGGCGGAUGUUUAGUUUUGUGAGGACCGCAGGAACACAGGGUGUACGAACACGAGCGAGAGCUUUGGAUACUGCAGCCGAAGCUUUCACGUCUGAAACCUCAUUCUGUAUCUAUUCACGAACAGUAGCAUACACACAAACAACUAUAAAUAGAAGGAAAUGUACACAUUUCAAUAUUUUUGUGAUUGCCAAAUGAAAUAAAAAGUGAAUAUACAUUAAUGUUUACAUCCGAGAGAGUGAUAAGCCGAAGCAGACAGACAUGUUUGGACUUUGCACAUGCCUGCUUAAAAUAUAAUGUAUUUAUAUAUUUCUUGAAUAAUGAUCUGAAGUAGAGAAGUGUUCUUGUGCUGCUGAAUAGACUUACAGUAGAUGCCUCAUCUGCAACUUACCUCUUACCCACGCUCGGGGAACACAUGACCGAAUAGAUGCAGUUCAGGGAAAAUGAGAGCACAGGAACAGCUUGUCUGCAUGUUGCUUUGAUCCCGACAGACUCCGCGGAUGGAGAGUCAGUAACGGGGAGUCAGGUGACAGUUUUUGUAUUUAGCUCCAGUGCUGUGUUGUAGCUGUGGUACACGGUGUGCUACUCUGAGCGAGGGUGUUGAUAUUUUUUCUCACACUUCUCUCCAUUGUGGUUGGUGGGGGUUACAGUACAAUGUUAAUUAACUGUCAGAAUGUAUUUUCUAUGUUUACAGAUGCAAGAAUGUUAAAAAUAUGUUGUAUUUGAUUUUUACAUCCCAUGGCUUGUGUCAAGUGCCUCAA